AGGGAUUGAAGGAGUUCGCGGAAGUGUUACCCUUUAGGCUCUCGCUGUGCCCUGGGGAAAACCAGGAAUAGAAUUUAGUGUUUCGUCACUUACAUGUUAAUACCCAGUGCUCAUCCAGGACGGAGAUUUCUGAAGAGAAGAGUAGACCCAGAAGACACAAAGCAGUUUCCCCACAGCGAGCUAUUUUCAGAGAGCAGAAAAAUGAUCCAGGCUCAGGAAUCCCUGACGUUUGAUGACGUGGCUGUGAACUUCACGUGGGAGGAGUGGCAGCUCCUGGCCCCUGCUCAGAAGAGCCUGUACCAGGAUGUGAUGUUGGAGAACUAUAGGAACCUGGUGUCAGUGGGUUUUCACCCCAGCAAACCAGAUGUGCUCACCAGGUUCAAUCAAGGGAAACCAGUAGGAACAGUGGAAGAUGACAUCCUCUGUCACACCCGUUCAGAAAUAUGGAAACUUGAUGACUAUUUACAGGAGCACUUAAAAAAUGAAAUCAUAGAGAAUAGCCUAGAACGAUGGUAUGAACAUAAGACAUUUGAAAAUACUGUUCAUCAGAGCACAGCUCAUUCCAUGUUAAAGCAAAAUCAUGAUAUAUAUGGAAAAUCCUUUUUCCACACUAAUAAUGAACAAUUUCAUACUAAAAUUAAACCCCCUGGAAGCAGAAAACUCAUCAGCACUAAGUCCCAAUUCAGCAAGCAUCAGAAAACACAAAAAACAGAGAAGCCUCAUGUAUGCAGUGAAUGUGGGAAAGCCUUCAAGAGGAAGUCCUGCCUCACUGAUCAUCAGAUCAUUCAUACAGGAGAGAAACCUCACAGAUGUUGUCUGUGUGGGAAAGCUUUCAACAGAAAGUUCAUGCUCACUGAACACCAGAAAAUGCAUACAGGUGAAAAACCUUACGAAUGCAAUGAAUGUGGCAAAGCCUUCCUCAAGAAAUCGCGGCUCAAAAUACAUCAGAGAACACAUACUGGAGAGAAACCAUACAUUUGCAGUGAAUGUGGAAAAGGCUUUAUCCAGAAUGGAAAUCUCAUUGUACAUCAGCGCAUCCACACAGGAGAGAAACCUUAUAUAUGCAGUGAAUGUGGGAAAGGCUUCAUCCAGAAGACCUGUCUCAUAGCACAUCAAAGACAUCACACAGGAAAGAGUCCCUUUGUGUGUAGUGAAUGUGGAAAAUCCUGUUCCCAGAAGUCAGGUCUCAUUAAACACCAAAAAAUUCACACGGGUGAGAAACCCUUUGAAUGCAGUGAGUGUGGGAAAGCCUUUACCACAAAGGAAAAGCUCAUUGUCCAUCAAAGAACUCACACAGGCGAGAGACCCUACGUCUGCAAUGAGUGUGGGAAGGCUUUUGCCUACAUGUCUUGUCUUGUUAAACAUAAGAGAAUACACACAAGAGAGACAUGUGGAGAUGCAGUCAAAGUGGAAAAUCCUCCCUCAGAGAGUCACAGCUUAUCACAGACUAGUGGUGCUGUGCAGGAGAAAGGCCUUGUUAACACAAUGACGAUGCAAAUGCCUUCUGUGGCUUGUCAGACGCCAUUAAACAUCAGGGGACUCUUAGCAAAUAGCAAUGUGGUCAUAGUGGGACAGCCUGCAGCCAGAUGCGCACCCUUGGGAGACAACAGAGGGUUUGCUCAGGACAGAAACAUGAAUACGGUGAAUGUGUUCGUGCCUUCUGUAGUUAAUUAUGUCUUAUUUUAUGUCAUAGAAAACCAGUAGGAGGAAGCUCGGAGACAUGCUAUGUGGAGAAGGAUUGAGCAAAAAUUUCUAGAUCGUAUAUGGCUGAAAAGUAGGGAAUUGCAUAAAUGCUGAGGUUGGGAAAGCCUGAUCUCCUCAUCCUAUUAAAAAAUAUGCAUUGAUAGAGAGGCAUAAUAUGAUGUUAACCCAAAUACGUACACAUCAGUUCCUCUAUUGCCUGUUAAAGGAAUGGAGGAAGUCUGAGUUCAACUAAGUAGAGGAAGUAAGUAAGUGAAUUUUAAAAACAUACAAGAUAAUUUGUAUCUGGAAUGCUGCUAUGAAUGAAAAAUCAGGAAAGGGCUAAUGCUGGGUGGGUGGGAUAUGGGGCAUGUAUCAAUUCAGUUUCCCCAGGCCAAGGUGAAGGAUUAAUUGGAAACUGGGGUAUCUGCCAUAAGCUCUUAAAAGUGUAUUUUAUACAGAAGCACUCAUGAAGCAGCAGCCUUAGACAGAGUCAGUUCAUUUGUUUAUGGAGUAUUUGUCAAAUACUCCCUUUGUACUGGGUGCUGUUCCAGAAGCUGAGGAUACAGUAGUGACCAAAAAUAGAAAAAGCCCCUGGUCUCCUGGAGACAGCACUGAGGUUACUGGAUUAUCUUUAAGUGGUACAUUUACACACCAGCUCAUCUAAUAAGAGGGUGGAAAUAUCCACACUAGGUGAAGUAGUCUUGGUUUGCUCUGUUCACUGCAAGAGAAUACUGUAGCCUGGAUGGCUUAUAAAAAAAAUUUAUUAAACCAAAAAGUACAAAGUUUCUACAUAAUGAAUGUUUCAAAACUUUCUAAGUAUGAGAAGUCUUGAA